UGUGUAAAGCAUGGAGAUUGAAGGGAGAGAUUUCAUGAACACUCCCCUGAAGACGGUGCGGUUUGGGGGAAAUGUUGUUGACACGUUAGCGAAAUUCAAACAGGGAGACACCAGUGACUAUGAGUUGUUGAAACAUCAGCUGGCAGAUCCAGAUAUCAAGGAUGCCCAAAUCAUCAACUGGCUGCAGGAGUUCCGGAAUUGUGUGACACAACUCAGCAAAGACCAUGAGCAGCUGAUCUAUGUGGCUCUGAGGCUGCCGUGGCUGGGCCGAAGCCCUGCCGUAGUGGAGGAGUAUCUGUCCUUCCUCAGUAACCUGGUAUCUGCCCAGACGGUUUACCUCCGGGCCUGCCUCAAGAUGGUGGUCUCCAACUUCACACCCAAGAGAGUGAAGAUCUGUGAGGGGGGAGUGGACAUCUCUGACUCAGAUGAUGAUGAUGAAGACCUUCCAAGGAGUUUUGACCAGUGUCACCAGGCCCUGCAGCUGAUUGGCAGAUAUGUCCCAUCCACCAGCUGUUUCCUGAUGCCCAUUCUGAUUGACAACUUUCCUUUUGUGCAGAAAUCUUCCAGAACCCUGGAGUGUUAUGUCCAUAACCUUCUGCGGGUGGCGGUGUACAUCCCCUCUCUACGACGAGACGUCCUGGAACUCAUCAUCAGUCGGAUGCUCAAACUGGAUGUGAGUGCUCCCCGGGGAGAGAUAGAGGAGGUGGAGGAGAAUGCUGUGCAGCAGGAGUUGAAAGGAGAGCAGGAGGAGGAGGGCCUCUUUGACAUGGAUGAGGAUGUCUGUUCGGUGAAGUCCAGUCCAGCAGGGACCAAUGUGAUGGUCCACCCUGUCGCUGAGAGACUGGACACUCUCAUGGUUGUGCUGCUGGCCUUCAUCAAGGACAUGUGCCACGUCAACGGUUGUCUGGAUGUGGAGCGGACUAAGGAUCUGUACAAGGACCUGGUGUGUGUGUUUGAUAAACUUAUCCUACCUACACACGCCUCCUGUCACGUCCAAUACGCCCUCUUCUACCUCUGCAGCUUCAGACUGGCUCUGGCAGAGGCGUUUCUGGAACACCUGUGGAGGUUACUGCAGAGCCCGUCUCACCCGGCAGUACUGCGCCAAUCUGCCGCUGGCUACAUGGGUAGCUUCCUGGCCCGUGCCAACUUCCUGCCCGUCGUUACGGUGCGUGCGUGUCUGGACCUGCUGGUCCCCUGGCUCCACCUAUACAUAGACAGCCAGGACUCCGGCUCCCGGGCCUACUGUGACAUCACGCUACACGGGCCCUUCUACAACGCCUGCCAGGCUGUCUUCUACACACUCAUCUUCAGACACAGGAGCAUCCUGGAGGGCAACAUGAAGAAAGGCCUGGCGUACCUGCAGGGUCUGAACCUAGAGAGGAUAGUGAUGUGUCAGCUCAACCCUCUGAAGGUCUGCCUGCCUGCCGUCACCAACAUGUUUGCUGCCAUCACCAGAAAGUACCAGUUGGUGUUCUGCUACACCAUCAUCGAGAGGAACAACCGCCAUGUUCUCCCUGUGGUCCGCAGCUCUGUGGGGGGCGACUGUGUGUCCACCAACACCAACCCCCUGGACAGUUUCUUCCCCUUCGACCCCUAUGUGCUCAAGAGGUCAAGUAAACUCAUCGAGCCCCUCUACCAGGUGUGGGAGGAGCCAGCAGACACUGGGGUGGACACCGUCACCACCAAGAGAGUCAGACCGUGCUCGGAUGCAGAUGAGGAUGACUUCCUGCGAGGGGAGACGCCGGAGACAAAGGGAGUGAUGGGUAUGACCCCUGGCUCGUAUGACUCACACCUCCACAGCCCCAGCAGUGUGGGCUCGCCGCCCAUCUCAUUCCUACAGAGACCCUAUCAUCACUGAAGAGGAGUAUCAGUCGGAACCAUCUACAAUUACCACCCCAUCAAGAACCUACUCCAGGACGCAAGAGAUUAUGAACACAAAGUGUACAAUGCGUGGCUAGAGCUAUUCAUUUUAUAAUAAUUGUUCUAUGUUAUAGCAGUUAACAUGUUAUAACUGGUUAAUAGUGAAUAAGUUAAUUUCACUCCACUAUGGAAAGUAAAUGUUUUUGUUUUAUCUAGGAUGGGAAAAUCGAAAGAUUUGUGUUCUCAGCGAAGGUAACUGUAUUUACAAAAGAUAAUUCUGACACUUUCAAUGGUUCAUUGAUUUUGGUUGUCUGAUCUACAAUUUGUGUCAAGUUCUGAACAACACAUUUUAAUGAUUUAUAUAAUUUUACAGAUUGUAAACAUGUUCCCUUAUUGAAAUUCUUCUUAACCAGAACAGAUACUUGUAAGAAAGGUCACCUGCAGUAGAUGAAAAGGGAAACAUAUCUGUAAACUUGUGCUUGUAUGUAUGGAGUAUCAAGUAUAUAGUUGACAUACACAACCCUGUAAAUAAAAGUCACACUAUUUGUGGGUUGACAGAAAUGAA